AUGAAGAGAAAGUUUGUGGCAGUGGAGGAAGGUAGCUUAGAUAACCAUGGAGUCGCAUGGUGGAGAGGGCCGCUGCUCGGCAAAGGAGGGUCUGCAUCUGUUUAUCUUGCCUAUUUGAAGAAACCCAAAUCAAGAAACGCGUUUUAUCGGCGAGUCAUGGCUGUUAAAUCGGCGGAGGUCUCUUCAUCAAGUUUGCUUCAGAAGGAGAAAGAGGUUUUCAACCGUCUUCAUGACUGUCCCUACAUUCUUGAGUGUUAUGGUGAGGAAACUACUGUAAGUCAGAAUGGACAGAUGUUUUACAAUCUGUUGCUGGAGUAUGCUUCUGGAGGAACCCUAGCUGAUCUUAUAAGGAGAUCGGGUGAUUGUGGAUUACCUGAAUUGGAUGUGAAGAGAUACACAAGGUCUAUUCUUAAAGGCAUCGAUUAUAUCCAUCGCCAUGAUUAUGUUCAUCGUGAUUUGAAGCCAGAGAAUGUGUUGCUUGUGCCAAGUGGUAGUGGUGACUUUGUGCCCAAGAUUGCGGAUUUCGGGUUAGCCAAGAAAGUUCAGAAGACAAAUAGGAGAAUGUUUGAUUCAUCUAUUGCGGGGACUAUUUUGUAUAUGGCACCAGAGACUCUAGUUGAUAAUAUUCAGGAAUCUCCCUCUGAUAUUUGGGCUCUUGGAUGCAUAGUUUAUGAGAUGUUUACUGGGAAACCACUUUGGGGUUUGAACCCUAAAGAGUCAACUGAAGAACUCUGCAAAAGGAUUGUUGAUAGAUUUAAAUUACCUGAAAUUCCAUCUGGGAUCUCAAAGGAUGGGAAGGAUUUCUUGAAAGGAUGCCUAGUGAAGAAUCAUAAGUUCAGAUUCACCACUGAGAUGUUACUGAAUCAUCCAUUUGUAUCAGGAAUAUUAGAUGACAGAGGUAAUGAACUUUGUGAUUGGAGCUGUUGCGAAGAGUGGUGUUCUAAGAGAGUAAUGGCAGGGUGUUCUGAAGUUUCCCUGAAACAUCAGCUUCAAGAGUCUAAGUGGUACUCCAAAUCUCUGUUAUUAUUGACAAAGAUUGGUAUUCAAGUUAAGAACCAGCUUGAUGGACAUCAACUUCAGCACUACACAAUUGGAACUGAAAAGAUUUGGGCAUAUGUCUCUCAAGGAAUUGAAGAUGUGGUUUUCUUGCAACUGCAAAGAAUAUGGUCUAAGUUGCCCAAUGGAGCUGGAUUGGUUGCAAUUCUGGUUUCCAAUCCAAAAUGA